CACCUCCUCCCCUGUCUGUCUGCAUUCUUGGUGGAAACAAAACAGCCGCCAUUAGAGGGACGCUCUCCGUCGCUGCCGGGAUUGUCUUUCUCCUCGGAAUACUGGAACAUACAGUUUUGAAACAUGUGUACUGUUAUGCCAGCUGAGAGUAGAAAAAUCGACAUUUUGAACAUCCUACAUAAAACAACAGAGCGGUUAGAAUGUGAUCACUGUAAUUUCAGGGGCUCUGACUAUGAAAACAUACAGAUUCACAUGGGUACUAUCCACCCUGAAUUUUGUGAUGAAAUGGACACGGCAGGAUUGGGGAAACUUGUAUUUUACCAAAAAAGUGCAAAGUUGUUCCACUGCCAUAAAUGCUUUUUUACCAGCAAGAUGUUUUCCAAUGUUUAUUAUCAUAUCACAGCUCACCAUGCAGCGUCUGACAAAUGGAAUGAACAGAAAGAACUGUUAGACACAGAGACAGAACCCAUAAAGAAACCUUAUUUUGUGGAACCUCAAAAACCUUCUCUGUCUCCCGAAUCUCAGAAACCUGCUAUAAUUUCGGAGUGUCAGAAACUUGUUCCUUCCGAGCCCCUGAAAUCUGAUGGAGUGUUAUCCUCCAAGGCACAAAAGCCCACCACAGUUGCACCUGUGGAGCAACACAAGAUUGCUCCACUUGCUUAUCCAGAGCCACAGAAACCUAUCUCUGUUGUGUCAGAGCUUCCAAAACCUAUUCCCAUAGUGUCAUCAGAACCACUGAAACCAGCCUCUUCUGUGACUCCAGAACCACUGAAGCCUGCCUCAGUAGAGUCCCCAGAACUACCAAAGCCUAUCUCUGCACUGCUUCCUGAACCACAGAAACCUGCUGCAGCCACAUAUAUCGAGCCACAAAAACCUCUCCCAGUGGUACAUCCAGAACUGCUUGUCUCAGUCCCAGUUCCAGAAAAACCUGCCCCACUUGUACCUCUUGAACCACAGAAACCUAUGCCACCUGCAUCCCCAGAGCCUCAAAAGACUGCUUUGCCUGCAUCACCACUUGCACCUACAUCUGAAUCACAGAAAUUUGCUCCAACAGUGUCCCCUGAACUCCGCAGGCACUCGCCAGCUGUAUCUCCUGAACCCCGCAGGUACUCACCAGCAGUGUCUCCUGAGCCCCGCAGGUACUCACCGGCAGUGUCUCCUGAGCCCCGCAGGCACUCUCCAGCAGUGUCUCCUGAGUUAAAGAAACUUGCUCCUGCUGCUCUGUCUUCAGAAACCCGCAGGCAUAUUCCUCAGAUGCGAAGGCCUGCUUCAGCACUUUCUCCUGAGCCACGCAAGCCUGAAUUGCCAGUCUCCCCAGAUCCUUGGAGGCCCAGUCCUAGUAUUGCUCCAGAACCAUGGAGGCCUCCUAGUAUGUCUCAUGAGCAACAGAAAUCUAUUACUGUCUCUCCUUGGUCCCCUAAACCUCCACAAUCUAUACCCAUAGAACCCAGAAGACCUGCCUCAGAACCCAGAAGGCCUGGCAGUUUGAUGUCACCAGAAUCUCAAAAGUUUGUGCCAGAGCCUUGGAAAUCUACCUCCUUGCCUGAGUCUCAGAAAUCUAGUCUUGCUUCAUCAGAACCCUGGAAACCUAUUUCUUCUGUUUAUCCUGAAGGCUGGAAACCUGUUUUGUCUCCUGACACCUGGAGGCCAUCACCAUCGGCUCCACCCCCUGCUCCACCUCCUAUGCCAGCAGAACAUAGAAAGCCUUGCCCUCCAAUGUCACCAGAUCUUUGGAAGCCUUCCUUCUUUCCCGAGCAGCGCAAGCCGGUUCCUCCUGUGUCUCCUGAUCCUUGGAAAUUUCCUUCUGAUUCCCGAAAGUCUCCUUUCUUUCCUGAGACUCAGAAGCCUACUCCUUUUGUUUCUUCUGAACUCCAAAAACGUGCAUUAUUUUCUGAAAAUCGAAAACGAGCUCUGUUUCCUGAACAUAAAAAAUCUGUUUCUGCUGAGUUACAGAAACGCUCAUUCUUCCAUGAUGCCCACAUGACUUUUCCUGAAAUCCCAAAACAUGCCCUGUUCUCUGAUUCUCACAGACCUCCUCCUAUAUCUCCUGAAGUGCCAAAGCAUGCUUUCUUUCAAGAGCCCCAGAAGCAUGUUACUGUUUCUCCAGAAAUUCAGGACCAUGUUCCUUUCACAGAGCCUCAGAGGUCACCUGUUGUUGCUCAUGAAGUGCUGAAGUCUCCUGCAGUUUCUCCAGAAAUACAGAAACAGGCAUCCUUUGCAGAACUUCAAAAGCCAUCUCCUGGCUCUCCUGAAAAACAAAGGCAGAGUUUCUUUCCUGAACCUCCAAAGCAUUCUCUUUCACCUGAACUUCAGAAACCACCUUCUGAUCAGAAGCAGGUCCUUGGCUCUGAUGCUCAUAAACCAAUAGAAACAGCAGGCAUGGAAGUCCAUAAAACUGCUGUUUCUGACUUUAGCCAGCCUGCUGCAUCUGCUUUGGUAGACUUGCAGACACAUACUGAAUCUGACAACUUCCCUGAGCAGCCAGAAAUUGAAAAUUCAUUUAGUAGCCUGCUAGCUCCAAAGGAAGAGCCUACACAAGCCAAGGAACCUUCGGAAGAAGUAUCAUAUCCUGGUCCAAAGAAGAAGCCCAGGAAGGAAAAUCAGGAGACUUCUAGUACAGACCCAAAUAGCAGUGAAAGUGGAAAUACUGAAAUGGAGACAUCAGAUGUGAAGGAACAGGAGUCCAACAGUGAUCAGGAGCAGUUUGACACAGAAUCUUCAGAUCACAAUAAAGAUACUAAAACUGAAACAGCUACUCCUAAACGGGCUAAGUGUGUCCUGCAGUUUACAGAAGAGAAAGAGGCUUUCAUCUCAGAAGAAGAGAUAGCAAAAUAUAUGAAGCGUGGGAAAGGCAAAUAUUACUGCAAAAUUUGUUGCUGCCGGGCUAUGAAAAAAGGUGCUGUAUUGCAUCAUUUGGUUAACAAGCAUAAUGUCCAUAGCCCAUACAAAUGUGGUGUCUGUGGAAAAGCUUUUCUCUUGGAAUCUCACCUUAAAAACCACGUUGCUGCUCAUGGUCAAAGUCUGCUUAAAUGUCCACGUUGCAGUUUUGAGACAAACUUUCCUAGAGGCUUUAAGAAACAUUUAACUCAUUGUCAGAGCCGUCAUAACGAAGAGGCCAAUAAGAAACAGUUGGAUACCAAUACUGAACCAUGCAGUCAGAGCCAGCCAAGUGAAGAGGCUGUUAAGGUGCCAGUGGAAGGCACCGAACCAUUGAAUGAAUCACUUGCUGAACCACAAACUGAAUGAUUGUUCUUUUGGAAGUUCUCUGUAAAGUUGUGUUGUGGUGAGUGAAGUAAUUAAACUACGAGUCUAUUAUGUGACGAUGUUAGCAUGCCACAGUAAACGUUUGGCCAUAAAUUCAAUACAAAAUUAAGUACACUUAAACCAUUGAUCUAAAUGGAUGUGAGUAUGCUUAACUUUGUUGUGUUGUGGUCAUUAUUAUUAGUUUGAAGAAGUAGUAACACAUAACUGCCAAAUUAAUGAAGAUAUCAAAGAUGUUAGUUUUAAACAGGAAUUUUUAACAAGGAUUUAAAACAUUUAUCUGGAAGAUCAGACUUCUGUCUGACAGCUGGUCCGGUCAGUUUAACUGUACAAAUCCAGUUUCUUAUUUGAAGAAGCACCUAAUAGUGGAAUCAUCAGCAAAUGCAAAUUGUGUUAAGCCCUGCAUGCAGUAGUAUAGGUGUUUGGAAGUGUAAGUUGUCAGCAUUUUUAUAUAUACAGUACUGGGAGAAGAAAUUAACAGACUACAUUCAGUUGCUAGCCUCACCUGGUGUAAAACCAUUGAAUGAAAUGCUUGAUUCAGUGUUUCUGCUCUAGUUAGCAAUAGCCAUUGGAUUUAGGCUAUAGCUCCCACAUGUGAAUUACUUGCUUAGGUUAUUGAAAUAAUUGUGCUUCUUUUGUUAACAUGUUGGAAGCAUAUGUGUAGGAAACAGAUGACAUAAUAACAAAUGUAUUGGAAAUGCUUAUGUCCUAUCUUAUACAAUUGCUGUUUGUAUUUAAAAAAUUGAAUUUUAAGCAUUGUUUUGUAUUCUUCUCACAAUAAAAUAUAGUGUAUUUGGAA